AUGGAAGUUGUGCACCGAGCUUAUUGGGAAGUAAAAAAGUUGAACGUUGAUCUAUUUAUGGCAGGACUGAAUAGGCUUCUGGAGUUGAUUGAGCUUGAUGAAUUUCAAAAUGAAGCCUAUGAGAAUGACAAUAUUUAUAAAGCAAAGUCUAAGGCAUUUCAUGAUAAAAGGAUAAUUAGGAAGGAUUUCCAACCGGGAGACAAGGUGCUAUUAUUUAAUUCUCGUUUGAAGCUUUUUCUGGGAAAAUUAAAGUCGAGGUGGUCAGGACCAUACACCGUUGUUGUCUCAUUGCCUUAUGGAGCUGUGCAAAUUUAUAGUGAGAAGACGGUACACUUUAAGGUGAUUGGUCAGAGAUUGAAGCACUAUUUGAAGGACCGGUGGAAAGAAGAGAAUAUGAAUCUAUGA